CUCGUUACGCUGCAACUAAUUGUGUCUAGACGCGAAUUCCACCGAGGGAAAUGACCCCGUUUCGGUUCAUUCGCAUGCUGCUGAAAUUCUCCCGAAUCGUCAUUAAAAUAAUUACUCAUGUCGGAAAAAUAUUUAAAUUAAAAAAUUAAAAUUUUUCAAUUACUGAAAAUGAUUAUAUUAUAAUGUAUUAUUAUUAUUUUAUUGAUUAAUCUCAAUUUGAUUUGAGGUGAAAAACUUAUUUAUUUUUUAUAAUUCUCGAAUUCGCUAAUUUUUUUGCUGUUUAACUUGCUUGGAAUAAAUUAAUUUAAUUAAGGAAUAUAACGUAACGAAGUCCCGGUAAAAAUAACCCUCUCAAGGUAUCCAGGGCAACGGGGUGGAAAAUCGAUCAAAACAUCCCCCCAAAUAAGCGCGAAUAACACAGAAGAGGAAAAGAGAUGGAACAUCUGUUCGAUUUUGAAAAUAUUUAUGGCUAGCCCUGUGUCUGGACAAGAGCAGAUAAUUGCUGUGGUAUGUAUCAAAAAAAGUAAAACGCGGUCGUUGCAUGCGGAAGUGUACAGUGAUUAUGAGAUGAAGAACGAACUGGUUCAAUCCGGUGAAAGGUGCAGUCGCGCUUUGUUCGCGUUUUCCUCUCGCGACCGGCGGCUCAAUUGCGCUCCUGGCGCAGCUGCGACGCGAAAUUUGCACUCGAGCGCAUUUUACAUGAGGUCUGCUGUGUUCUGUAAUUAUAGACACGCUGACGUCGCCAUCACCGAGGUGCGAAACCACGUGCUUGUGCGUUAUUUGUGAUAUUUUUAAAUAAAUAAUAUUAGCAGGAAAUAUUUAUGUAAUAGAAAACCUUCAUUUUAAAGCUUUUUAUAUAUUAUAAAAAAACACAUUUAUAGUAUAUAAUAUGUAUUUAAAAUGCGUUGCAAAUAACAACCUUCCUAUUUUCAUUAAAAUCUUUAUUUUCAAUAUUUUAUACUUAUUUAAUAAUAAUUUUUUUUAUUCCUUCAUUUACUAUUUCCUUCCUAAUUAAACUCUAGUUCUAUUAAACCUGCUCUCUGGAAAUUUGAAAAUGACGAUUCAAAUUGUUAUCUUGUAAAAAAACGCGAAUAAGGUUCUGCUCAAACCGCAAUAAAUUCCCAAACUAGGCUGUUGCAUUGCCCGUUUAUUGCCUCGCGUGCCUCUAUUUUUUUCCUUUAUUUGGUGCCAUUAUAUUUUGCCGAGCCGCUGAUAAAGAAGCCACGGGCGCAGGAAAUCUCUCAUCAAGCGUUUCGAAACCGGCACUUUCCCUCCAUUCAAAAAGAAGAAUUCUAUUCUAAGAAAUUUCUGACUGGCAUGUUGUGUUGAGAAGUGGUUGAAUGGGCUUGUUAACAGGGAUGGUCGCCGUUUGCUCUCGGCGCUGUAAUUACAAAAAAGAAUCCCUAUAAUAAAAACACUCUCUGAGGGCGCAAGAAAACCUUGAAAUGAGGCCAAUAGACCGAAAUUAAGAUACAGCGGAGAUCGUUGGCCGCGCUUCCCUCAGUAAAGUCUAUUUAGAAUUGCUGACGUGUCUGUUCUUUGCUCGAAAAAAAAAACAGUGCGAUAAAUUUAAUAUUGUCUGGGGAAAGACCACAGAUUCAGAUCCCAGGUAAACGCGGUCAAUAGAAUUAGAAGUGAUGUCAGUCGAAGCGCACGUCCGCAUCAGUGGAUGGUCUUUUCGUCAGUCCUUUUCAAACCGGACAACAGGAACAUGCGUGAAUCCGCGUGGACGGGAUUUAGGUCACCGGACGGUGCAGACUCUUCUGUCCAGAGGUUGAAUUUUCCGAUCUGGUCAUUAUUUGAUCAUUUUGAUCGAAUGAAGCGUCCCGUGAAUGGAGCUACAAGCAGGAAAAUUCCAGCGAUCUGUGGCGCUGGGUUUUAUUUUAGACUAUUGCUGCUCGCCAUGGGUGAUAUCGAAAGCAACCCUGGACCAUCAACGUCUGAUAAGAUCAAAGAAAACUUGCAGAAGACAAAGUUGGAGUUAUCAGAAAUGCCAGAAAUGCAGCAGGAUGUGAUUCAAUCACUUCAGAUAUAUUUAGAGGGAAAGGAAUUAAAAGCCGCCAAUGAAGAGGAAAUCGACGGCAUUCGUGAAUCUGUCCGUGCACUUGCUGCGAGUGUAUCGAAGAAAUCUGAACAAAUCGACAAGUUAAUUCAAGAGAACUCGACUUUAAAAACCAGAGUCUCGCAACUUGAAAACAAGAUCGCUAAGCAGGAGGCCGAUCUUCGCAGGAAAAAUGCAAUUGUUUUUGGCGUGCCGACUGAAAGCAACUUGAAAGCUGCCAUCGACGACGUCCUGUUUGAAAAGCUGUCGCUUGAAAAGCGCCCGCAGGAGGAGAUCAUUGACAGCGCGUUCCGCAUUGGCCGACCCGAAGGCGAAAAGCGGCCAAUUUUAAUCCGCUUCAAGUCCGACUCGGACAAGGCGCGGGUCAUGCAACACGUGCACAAGCUGAAAGGCACCAACAUCGGCGUUUCGCACUACCGAACGCCCGAGGAGCAGCAGCAGAGACGCGUUUUGGUUGGAGCGAGCAAAGCCGCCAGUCAGCACGGCCUGUCUGCAAAAAUUCGGCGGCGGGGCAUCGAGCUGGACGGAAAAUUUGUGACUCUGGCAGAAGUUUGCGAGGAAGGGUGGCUGCAGAGGUUCCUAUCAAAGGUGCCCCCUCAGAGUGAGGGUGAGCGAGAGAGAACUAAGAGGACGUCCAGCGCACUGUCGCUGGAGCCCCGUGCCGACGGGCCUGCAGCAGGUGUUUCCGCACCCGAAAGGAAUGGUAGAUGACGAAAGAAAGGGAACAAACGCGCAGGAAGGACUGCGUCAACAAGAAGUCUUGAGAGAGAAAAUAAUAAGUGAAUUUAGUGCUUUGCAGUGUUGCUAAAAAGGUUUUUCUUUGACAAUUAACAUUUUGAUUUUUGUUCUAUUUGUGGAAAGCAAUAAUUGAGAAAAUUCUAUGCAUUGUUUGUUCUCUAAUUAUGGUAUAUUUUAUUAUUUUUAAUUUUCUAAUAUUGAUUAUAUCUCGAUUUGGGCAGAGAUUGCCUCUAGUUUGCAACUAGAGUUAAAAUAAUAUGGUAAUAAAAUAAAUAUAUGUUAAGUGGGCGUGUUUUUUUUUAUAUUAUUAUUAUUAAUUCUAUUUUUUUUUUUUUUUUGUAGUGUGUGGGGUAGUAUGUUUGUGUUGUUAAAGUGUAAUUUCAGUUUCAUAAUCUACGCAGAAAUAAGAUAUAAUAUGUGGAAAAGUUCAAUAUUUCAUCAAGCUCCUCAAAUUUUAAUUAACCAAAGAAAUUAUCUUUUUAUUACUAUUAUAAUUAUUUAUUCUACUCAGUCAAUACGAAAAUUUUAAAUUUGAAUAAAGAGAAGAAAGGGUGUCUAGCAGAUGCCAAGACAAUCUGGUUGUGUCUAUUUAAGGUUCUUUGAUAUUAUGCCGUUUUGAACAAAAAAAAAAAAAAUUAAAAAUUAAAAAAAAGUAAAAAUUUAUAUAAUCUUUCACCUUUUCCGCAAAAUUUUUAAAAAAUGUGGAAAAUAUUUCACGGUUUUUAAGCUUUUUGCCUCAUUUUUAAUAAUUAAAAAUGACGAUUUUUUUGCCUUUAAUCAAUUGUUGUUAACGAUUCGAUACUUAAAAUAAUCCUAAUUUGACGACCCUAAACAGUUUUAAACUCUCAAUUAAGUUUCCAACUUUUCAAAAAGUCUUUGAUUCAUUUGUGUUAAAGAUCUAUUUUUUUUUUUAAAUUUAUUCAUCAAAUAUAG